AUGCUUAACCGUCUGCUCUUGUGUAUGUUAGGGGUUGCCUUUGCGGCCUCUGAUAACACCUACGAAUCUCAUUCUCUCUCAUACCAUAGUAAUUCAGGUGCCGCUUCAAAGUACGAUCAUCGUACAUCAUCAACUAUGUCGUGGGUCAAGAAUAUGUCCACGUCCUCAGUCCCUUCUAGUUUUACGACUUCAGUACUACACAAUUCUACUUCCUCAAUGCCCUCUAGUUUUACUUCAUUAGUUCCAUCUAGUCACAGAUCUCGGGCUCCAUACAACUCUACGUCCGCAGUUCCAUCUAGUCACAGAUCUCGGGUACCAUACAAUUCUACGUCCGCAGUUCCAUCUAGUCACAGAUCUCGGGUUCCAUACAAUUCUACGUCCGCAGUUCCAUCCAGUCACAGAUCUCGGGUACCAUACAAUUCCACGUCCUUGGUGCCACAUAGCUCUGAGCCCUCUGUGCCAUCAGUCUCCCAUGCUGUGAGCACUAAGAAUAUAUCCUUGAAAUCGACGACAGUAGUGACUGUUUGUACAACUACCUCUGGAACUUCCCAAUGCCAUACAACAGCACUUUCCACCGAAUUGGCCCCAACACACACUUCAACUUCAGAACAUCCCAGCGUUACUCCGUCCUCUGAGCAUACCUCCAGCAUCACCAUAACUGAAACUAUCAGUAGCAGUCAUGAAGCUACAUCACACAGUGAAGAGGCACCCAGCAGUACAACUGAAGAGUCAAUUACGUCUGUGACUUCUUCGGUGCCAGGUGUUUCGCACACUUCUACCCACACUUUAACUGAAGUCGAAUCCUCUGCCGUAACAGAAACCGAAAAAAUUGAGACAACCGCAUAUGUAACUUUCAGUUGUGAGGCCAACUCCUGUACAUCUGAGCAGUCAGUGACAUCUGAGGCUUCUUCAGUACCAGGUGUCUCGCACACUUCUACUCAAUCUGAAACUGAAGUUGCAUCGUCCGCCAUAAGAGAGACAGAAGCACCCAGCAGUACACCUGAGGCUUCUUCAGUACCAGGUGUCUCGCACACUUCCACCCACUCUGAAACUGAAGUUGCAUCAUCCGCCGUAAGAGAGACAGAAGCACCCAGCAGUACACCUGAGGCUUCUUCAGUGCCAGGUGUCUCGCACACUUCCACCCACUCUGAAACUGAAGUUGCAUCAUCCGCCGUAAGAGAGUCUGAAGCACCCAGUAGUACACCUGAAGAGUCAAUUACUUCUGAGGCUUCCUCAGUGCAAGCUGUUUCGCACACUUCCACCCACACUCUAACUGAAAUUGAAUCAUCCGCCGUAACAGAGACUGAAAGAUCUGAGACAACCGCAUUUGUUACUUCCAUCUGUGAGGCAGAAUCCUGUACGUCAAACCAAACUAGUGUUUCAGCAACCCUGCAACAACUUUCAAGUCAGUCGGAAAGCAGGCCUUCUACCUUACAUUCGUCUUUCUCCACUGAGUCCGGAUCUACUCAUAUCCAAGCAAGUCCUUCCUUAUCAAUUUUUGAGGCCUCUGCUCCUCGUGUGAAAUCAUCAUUCACAGUUCUUUUAUUGAUCUUCUCCUGGUUUUUGUGA